AUGACGAUGGCCAUUUUAUCAACAUUUGAGAUGCGCCACUGGGCAGAAUGUGGCGUCUACUUUAUGCUGGUUACCUUUGGAGUGGUUCUUUUGUUUGCUCUGAUUGUUCUGACGUCUGACUAUGUGGACGGCUGGCUAAGGAGAAGGGCUUUGGGUGACAUUCCUUUUGUAGAUGAGGGAAGCAAUAUGAGCGCACGUUUGAGAUGGUAUAGCCUGAGGUUUGACGCUGAGAAAGAGUAUGCCAAAGCAUAUAAACAGUACAGUAAGGCAGGCAAACCAUACGCGACAAGAGUCCAAAGCAAUGAUCAUGGCCGAUUUCAUGGGGCUAUGGUUAAUGCAAUAGAUAAGACUUUGCCAUUGACCAUUGACAAUCCGACAACAGGUGAGUGGAAGCAAUUGAACGUAUUUAACACUAUCGUUACAUUAUGCUCAACGGUUGUGAUGUCUGUACUGCUUGGACAGGAGUUCUGCAUGGAUAUAUCUCUCAUACAGGCUAUGAGCAUGUACAAUGCUACGGUGAUGCCCAGCUGUUAUGAACGCACUAGCUACCCCCGUGUUCUCCGGCCUUUUGUCUGGCGCCUUUCGCCCCCCUGUCGUGCAAUGAAGUCACAUUUUUCAAAGGCAAAGAUGAGGCUGAUGCCAGAGAUAAAGCGCCGUAUUGAUAUUGCGCGGCCAAACAAAGGGCGGAUAGGAAACGAUGGCCCUGCGUCUCUCUUGGAUGGUCUCAUUGAGACAGCAUUCGAAAAAGGCAUUUUGAAUCGAAGUGGCAAUCGCCAAGAUGAUGACCAGCAGGUUGAUUUGUUGGCCGAGGAGAUCAUCCUUUAUCAUUUUGAACUCUCCUCCCCCAUUGCAUUUUUCGUAAUCUUCAAAUUGUACGCUAUUAUUGACCACAUGGAAUACUUGGCUCCUCUCAGAGAGGAGCUGCACCUACCUUUCAUCGAUUUGCUCUGCCCAAUUCACCACAUAACUACUGACGUGGAAACCCGUUCUCUAGUAACCAGCUUCCGCCGGGUGAUGAAACCAGUUCACCUGGAGUCUAUAAACCUAUCUUUAAACCCAGGCACCAUAAUCAUGUCCCCGGGUAGAGAUGUCCAUCUUGACCCAGAUCAUUAUGAAAACCCGACCACAUUUGAUGGCUACCGCUUCUACGAUGCCAGCCGCGGAACCUGCACUCCGCAUAUAUCGACUACCUCCCCGACGUUCCUCACGUUCUCUCAUGGAAUAAGUGCUUGUCCAGCGCGAGUGCUUGCGACUCAAAUCUCUCGAACCAUCUUUAUCAUGUUCCUUCUCAAAUAUGAUGUGGAGCUUGCGCACGAAGAGAUGCCAGCCUAUGGCAUCACUAAUGGGCCAGUGUAUCUGCCUAAUCCCUUGAUCAUGAUGCGCGUAAGGCCUCGCCAGAAAGACGCGUUAGGACCGUGA